UAAAAGACGGUUCACAAUAUACCAUAACGAAACGUCUACGUGUACGUAGAUGUAUGAUUCUGUUUUGAAACUAAAAGCAGAUCAAGGUAUAGCUUAGUAAGAACUCACUCAGAGUAUACAAAACUGAGUAAAUAAACACGACAAACUUGGCAGAAUCACAAGAACGAAACAUCCAGAACCAAGAAGAGAUACAUUUAAACUGAAACCAGGUAGAUUUACAGUUAGCCUCGUUUUGGUGAUAAGCAGACGAUACUAAGAUUUGUGAGCACUACGAGCUAACUUUGCCACCAACCAAAUUAUGGCGUAAGGACCUUUUAGUGAAAAUGUCAGGGGGAUUUUCUAAAAUCCAGGUACAUCUUUAUCGGGAUGGUUUGUCAACACCCUGGGGAUUUCGUGUGAAAGGGGGCAAGGAUCUUAACAGCGCUCUUCACGUAGAAAAGGUGUCCUUAGGAUCCCCGGCAGAGGGGGAGGUUAAGAUCGGAGACAUCUUGACCAAGGUGGACAGCCAUGAUGUCAGUAAUCUCACCCAUGUUGAAGCUCUAGAUGUACUCAAGAAGACAGGAGGUAAUGUGGUACUUCAGCUCAAGAGGACUGGCAUUAAACCAAGAAAGGACAAGGGUUCUGAUAUUGGUUCCAUGAUCCCAUUGGUGCCAAAAGGAUGGCAAAUUUCAAGCAACACCUAUUUGGCCCAGACUUAUCGGCCCCCGGGAAGGUCCAAGACUCCGCCUCCAUCACCUUCCUCUCAGGGCUACCGAACCAAUCCACUUGUUCUCCCCUCAGGCAAAUCUUUCGCUCAGAGUAGCAAGCCAGGCAUGUUUGGCCAGGAUUACUCCCAGUAUAGUCAGGGUGCCCCGCCCCGCCAGACCCAAGAUGAUCAGAUGGUCCACAGGCUGUCUGCCAGUCUAGGUCAGGCGGCGGCACAACAACAUCCCGGCAGUGAGGCGCCAGACAUAACUUGGCAGCCGCGAGCUACAGAUUUAGGGCUGGAUUACCGAGAUUACGGUCGUACACCUGUAGGCAGGUCACAAUCCCAGCGUGGGCCAAGAGGAUUUAACCAGCAAGCUCCUAAAAAGUUUUCAGCAGCCUCUCACAAGGCCCCAGCUUGCCAGCCAAUGAAUGCCUAUCAACCACCUAAGUUCGACCCAACCCCUAGUUAUCAAUCCCCUCCCCCAACUCAGCAGCAACCAAGCUUCCAGCCAGCUGCUCCCCAACAAAACUACCAGGCAGCCCCGCAACAACAAAGCUACCAGGCAGCCCCACAACAACAAAGCUACCAGGCAGCCCCACAACAACAAAGCUACCAGCCAGCCCCUCAACAGCAAAGCUACCAGCCAGCCCCUCAACAACAAAGCUACCAGCCGUCCCAACAACAAGAUCCUCUUAUCAAGCACACAGUAUGGAAACCCCCACCCAAAAAUCCAGUUUUGAAGACCCCCGAAUUUGGCUGGACUCCAUCAUGGCGUACUGGUGGUAAAUCUGCUCCUCAGCAACCCCAGCGUGCACCUGCCCAAGGAGAGGUAGAAGAACCUCAGACUCCAGCCUGGAGUGGCACAUUAAGGAAUACCACAAACAUGCGGGCGUAUGAUCAAUCUGCUCCUCAGCAACCAGCUCCUCAAUACUCUCCUCAAGGUCCUGCCAGCCCUAAACAGGUUUCGUUCCAGCAGGACCAGCCAGAUGCCUAUGUGCCUGUCCAUCAGCCAAGAGUACAGGAUACUGCUCGUCCAGGACAGGCUGGUCCAGGGGGUGAUGGUGCUAGGGUGGUACAUCUGCAAUACAACACACCUAUAGGCCUUUACUCCAAAGACAAUGUCAAAGAGACACUCACAGGACAGACUAGAGGCAAGCCAGGACAAGGAACUAUGCAGGUGACCAGUGCUCCAGGUUUUGCACCAAAGAAAGGGCAGCCAUUUUCUCCUGCCACCUCUGCAACUUACGCCUUAUUACAAGAACAAGAGGGCCAUGCCCAGAAGCCCAUGGGGUAUGGGCUGCCAGAGAACCAGCAGCAGCACUCCCCUGCCCAACAGCAACACUCCCCUGCAGGGUAUCAGCCUCAAUCUCAGAGCAUGAGGAACCUAGAACAUAACAUGCAGAAUGUAGGUCUGCAAGGAGAUUACGGAGCUUCAGACUUUUAGAUCCUGAAACCUCACUCUGCCUGGGGACAAUCACACAUUGCUUUUAGAACUUUUCGGAAUGGAUUUUAACAAUGUUAAGACGGGAUGGAUAUGAGACAAUCUGAGUCCUCCUUGAGAAUGUAACAUUUGUGACAUGAUUGUUUUAUGGAUACAAUGGGUGUAUCAGCACCAGCGCAGCGUUUUCGCACUUCCACAAUGCACAGGGUUGGAUUUGCCAAAGCACUGCUAUAGAAACAUCAUGGUUGCUACAGAAACAUCUUCAAUACCAUCAUGGCUGCUAAAGUACAGACUGAAGUGGUUGCUAUGGCAACAUGUUGCCCAUGAUCGUUGUUAUAGAAACUUUUUUUAUUUCCAACGAAAUGUAAUAAAAAAACAUUUUUGUAACAGUAAUGAUUAAAACGAGUGCAAUAUGUCAUGUGA